AUGAUCGCUCUGUUCUUGGGAAUUCUGUUGUUAUGUCACAGUCAUGCUGCUUUAUCUCAAAAUUGCAGCGGAGAUUAUCCUGAUGCCAACGAGGUUAUGAAGAAGCUACCUCAAACAUUCAUGCUUCAUUCACUUGCGAAUUAUUCGAGUUUAAUAUGUGGUUACCAACAUUUCUACAAUGAGACCGAGGGAACUCAGACUUAUAGAAAAUAUGACUUAAUAUUUAAGUACCCGAAACAAAUAUAUAAUCAGCCUCUCUAUGUAAGAAAUGUGACUGGGUACACAAUUUUUAUGGACACUGAUCCAGCAGAAGUAGCUUAA